AGACCCUGUCUCUAAAAAAAAAAAAGUAUUUUUAAAUUUUUUCUUUAAAAAGCCAGUUAUGGAACAAUAUAUAUGAUGUGGUUCUACCUGUGUACAUCAAAAUUAUUUAUUGUUUAUGUAAAUUUCUAUAUAAAUGCAUAUAAAAUAUGUGGAAGAAUACAUACCAAACUUUUUAAAAGUGGUUACCUUUGUAGAAGAGAGGAGAUUUGAUAGUUGAAAUUGAAGGUUCUAUAUACUUCUGUAAUGUCUUAAAUUCUUAAAAUAGAGAUUUGGUCACAUAUUAUGUGGGUAAUCCAAGAGACAAUAAAGCAAAUUUAGCUAGUGGGAGAGGGAGGAAUUCAGUUUCUAAACAUAAAAAAUAUACAGGUCACAUUAUCUGAGCACAAAGUAAUAAAACUAGAACUGAAUAACCACAAAUUAAACAAAAAAUUCUAACCACUUGGAUUUUUUUUUAAUGCCAAUUUUAAAUAACUGAUCAAGACAGAAAAGACUAGCAUUUGUAGCCUUAAAUUCUUUUAUUGCUUAAAAAAAGUGAAAAUUAAUAAGCUAAGCAUUCACAAAGCUAGAAAAAUGUAACAGGAGGAAGAAUGAAGAAUAGGAGGAAAAUAGAAGGAAGAAUAAGGAUAAAAUAAAAAAUUAAUAAGGAAAAAAGGACUGUGCUUGAUAAAUGAACUAAAGUGCUAAUUCUUCAGAAAUUUAAUAGAUACUAAAAUAGACAUAUUUCUGACAAGUCAAUGAAGAAAAGGACAUCCUCUUGAAUGUCUCAUAAGCAGUUCAAACUUAGCUUAUCAAAUAUCUUACUUUUCCCUCAAAUAUUUGUUUCUUGCCAGCGUUAAAUCUCUAUAAAUUGUACCACCAUCUAAAUCAAAACCCAGGAGUUAUUUUUGACACCUCUAUCUCCCAUAUGAGGAUGUCCCAUCUAUUUCUACAAUGAACAUUUAUGGAAUCAUUUCCCCAGCAUUCUCCUCUUCCUUUUCACUUGAAAACUGCCCCUUACUCCCACUCAGAAGUACUUUCUCUUUUUCUCUUUCUCUUUUCCUUUUUUCUUCUUUCUUUCCUCUAUCCUUUCUCUGAUGCUUUUUUCCCCCUCAGGUGCAGAGAGUUGAGCCAGUCAUUCUAGUUUGUUCACACUAUCAUCAACAAGGCCUUUAUCAUUUUUCUUUUUUCUCUUUAUUUCGCUUUCUACUCAUGUUCCUUCCCUCCUUCCUUAGUGACUCUAAUGUGUUUGAUAUAUGUUUUUCAAUAUACAUGUAUCUUUGAAUAAUAUAUAGUAUUGUUUUAUGUAUGUCUGUUUUAAAUGUACAUAAUUGAUAAUUGUGUUAUAGAUCUCAUUCUGCUUGUUUCAUGUUUCUGUAAAUAUUUCUGACUGUCAUAUAGUAUUAUUUUAAAUGGCCUCACACCCUUGGCUAUUGGUUCCGGGCCAAGAUAGGCCAGAGUCCUUACCCAGAAUUUUUUGAACUGAAACUGAGAAAGAAAGAAAGUUCCUCUCCAGUAUGGAAGCCAUAAAAUGUAAAACACAGGAGCUGUCAGCAGCCAUGUAUCCUGCCAUAUGGAACCAGCUGGUCUGCAAUGAAAAAGAAGCGGAUGUGCAGAAAGCAGCAGAGAACUAUGUGUGCUCAGUACUGCAUCUCCUUUGCUGAUGUUGAAAAAGCUCACAUUAACAUUCGAGAUUUUAUCCACCUCACACCAGUGCUAACAAGCUCCAUUUUGAAUCAAGUAACGGGGCGCAAUCUUUUCUUCAAAUGUGAACUCUUUCAGAAAACUGGAUCUUUUAAGAUUCGUGGUGCCCUUAAUGCCAUCAGAGGCUUGGUUCCUGCCACUUUAGAAGGGAAGCCAAAAGCUGUUGUUACUCAUAGCAGUGGAAACCAUGGACAGGCUCUCACAUACGCUGCCAAAUUGGAAGGGAUUCCUGCUUAUAUUGUGGUGCCCCAAACAGCUCCCAACUGUAAAAAACUAGCAAUACAAGCCUAUGGAGCAUCUUUAGUAUACAGUGAACAGAGUGACGAGUCCAGAGAAAAUGUUACAAAGAGAAUUAUGGAAGAAACAGAAGGCAUCAUGGUACAUCCCAACCAGGAGCCUGCAGUGAUAGCUGGGCAAGGAACAAUUGCCCUAGAAGUGCUAAACCAGGUUCCCUUGGUGGAUGCACUGGUGGUACCUGUAGGGGGAGGAGGAAUGGUUGCUGGAAUAGCAAUUACAGUUAAGGCCCUGAGACCUAGUGUAAAGGUAUAUGCUGCUGAGCCCUUGAAUGCAGAUGACUGCUACCAAUCCAAACUGAAAGGGGAACUGACCCCCAACCCAUAUCCUCCAGAAACCAUAGCAGACGGUGUCAAAUCCAGCAUUGGCUUUAACACCUGGCCUAUUAUAAGGGACCUUGUAGAUGAUGUCUUCACUGUCACAGAGGAUGAAAUUAAGUAUGCAACCCAGCUGGUGUGGGAGAGGAUGAAACUACUCAUUGAACCUACAGCUGGUGUUGCAGUAGCUGCUGUGCUGUCUGAGCAUUUUCAAACAGUAUCCUCAGAAGUAAAGAACAUUUGUAUUGUGCUGAGUGGUGGAAAUGUAGACUUAACCUCCCUAACCUGGGUAAAGCAGGCUGAAAACCCAGCUCCUUUCCAAUCUGUGUCUGUUUAAUUUAUGCAAAAGGAAAAGAUUCAGUGUCUGUAGAUACUUGAACAUUUUGUUUCCUUGUCACUGUCAACUUUCCAUCUUUCUCUCUUAAAAGUUUUCAAAUGUUUAA